UCAUAGAAAUUUGUCCGGUGAAAUUUCCAAUGGAAUUGCGUUCCAGUUUACAGAAGAACUUCACGAUAUGGAUUAUCUUCUGUUUCCUACUGCUAACUGUAGUAGGUAUGGUUGUGUUACAGCAUAUGCAUUUCACAACAUCCUCUCCGACUGAAGUCACUCAGAUCUACCGAUUAUUGGAAAACCACAUUAAGCAAUACCAGGAGAUAAUUGAACUUCAAAUAAAAAAAGAAUUUGAAUCAAUACUACAAAAGUACGCAAUUGAAGUGAAAAAAAAAACCGAGAUGACUCCAAACAGAACAAAAUACCUUAUUUAUAAAUGUGCUGGCGGAAUCGGUGCCGUUCAUUGUAGCGGUUGGGGUAAUCGCUUAGUUGGCAUUCUGUCGACGUAUAUGUUAUCAAUGGCAACAGACAGGACAUUCGGCAUUAUUAUGACAAACCCUUGUCCACUAACUGAAACCUUGGUACCGAAUGAUUACAGGUGGAAUUUUUCAAUGUCCGCGUUUGGAAAUAUGUCUUCGAUAUCGAUUGAUGUUCGGAAUAAUAAUGGAUUUACAAACAGUCUUGCUACAAUUGAUUUCAAUGCCAGAUAUCCACAAGAUGUAGUUUUCAUUGCUGCUAACCAAGAUUAUCUUCACCUACUCCAACGUAAUGGAUUAUAUAAGAAGAAAAUCCCUCCUUGGAGUAGAGGUGAAAUGUAUGUAAAGGUGUUUCAAUCUUUGUUUAAAUUGAGUCCAAUUGCUCAGGUAGAACUUGACACUUUCCUGAAAAAAGCCAGACCAAACCCAGAAACGAAACUAAUUUGUGCUCAAAUAAGAAUUGGUAAAAAUCCUACUAUACCGUGGGAUAAUCGUGUUAUUACGCCACCAAAAUUGGUUGAUGUCAUAUGGAAGUUUUUGAAUGAAACAGGAAACAAUGCGAGAAUUUUUGUGACUGCAGAUUCAGAAAACAUACGACGAUUGGCAAAAACUUAUUACGGCAAAAGAUCUGUUGAUACGGCAGGACCUAUAAUACAUAUGGAUAAGCCUUACAGAUACAAUAAAUCAGAGGUUUGUGAGGGUGUACGGAAGUUAAUUCUGGACCAAUUUGUCCUUAUUAAAUGUGAUACAAUAGUAAUUAGCACAAGUUCUUAUGCGCGUAUUCCUGCUAUGAUUCAUGGACCUAAAAACCGUUUUUUCUUUAUCAAUGGCAAGAUAAAAUAAACGUAACAAAAUAUAUUGGUAUGUCAUUUGACUGCGGCCAUGCUGGAGCACCGCCUUUUAGUCGAGCAACUCAACCCCGGGACUUAUUCUUUUUGUAAGCCCAGUACUUAUUCUAUCGGUCUCUUUUGCCAAACCGCUAAGUGACGGGGACGUAAA